AUGGUUCAGUACAUCCUGACGCCGUGGCGCGAUCGCCGUGAGCUGCUCAAAGUUCGCCAACAGUUCUACCCAGCUGCGACGCCCACCACCAGCACAACGACAACCGCUACGGCUGCUGCACCGCUACCGGCACCCGGACCCAGACCGUCGGCAUCGAACCACAUCGCAGCCACAACGAGCACUGCGACUACUACCAGCAGCAGCAGCAGCACCAACGCUAGGCUCAACGAUGGCCGUCAUUCUUCGUCUUCAUCUGCCACCGCCGCCGCGCUGGGAAACCAGCACCACGCCGUCGCCAGAGUGUCCAUGUGGAUGCAGCGCGGGAACUGCCCGCACAUGGUCGAGUCGACGGCGCUGCUGACGGCCGCGAUCCUCAGCGACGGGGAGGGCUCGGGCAGCGCUGCCACCUACGCCGUCCGCGCGGCGUAUGCGGCCGCAUUUAGUCGGUUCGUGACCGGCCUCCUGGACGGACACCAGGACAAGCAGCGGAAGCUGAGCAUGUACUCGGUGGCCAAGACCAUCGGGCUGCCCGCGACUUUCGUGGAGCUGCGGCACCAGGCCACCCACGAGCAGCUGCCCUCGCUCGCGAAGCUGCGUUCCUCGGCGAGGAAGGCGCUGGCGUGGAUCUGGGAGUACUACUGGCGGCACCUCGGGGCGGACGAGGACGAGGAGGUCGUCAUCGUGGGCGAGGCCGCCGCGCCGGGGUACCGCGAGAUGGUGACGGCGUAUCUGGACGAGGCCGAGGGGUCCAGGAAGGCCGAGAGGCGGAGGUUGCUGGACAGGCUCGACGAGAAGCAGGUGCUCCUGGCGCUCUCGCUGAUUAUGGAGGCGCCGGCGAGCAACGCGGUCUUGUUGGGGGCUCUGAAGCUUUCGAGGGAGAUUCUGGGCACGGGGCAAGGGGAAGAGUCUGGAGAGUUGGAUCUGGAGAGGGAUGUGGAACGGGUACGGGCGGAGAUCUCGCGGUCGCGGGAUGCGUUGAUGUCGGACGCGAAGGAAGAUGAUAAGUCUUCCGGUGAUGCCCUUCCUGAGGAUUCUCACGGAGGUGGCGGGACCGGGUGGGCGAAGUACGAAGGGACUUGGAAGCCGCGGCCCAUCGGCGUUGCGUGA